AUGAAAUGUAUAUCAAAUAUAACAUCAAGUAGCAGAAAACAAAAAUUUUUAAUUUUAUUUAUCCUUGUUGCAAGUUCUAUAUUGUUGAUGUUUUAUGAUGAAUUUAGUUUUAUAACAGUAUUUAAUAAAGACAACAACAACAACAACAACAACAACAACAACUAUAGAACAAAUCAAUUUAAAGAUAACGAUAAUAUUUUUUACACUAAUCGAAUUUUAGAAGAAACUAGGAAUUCAGAUGUUGUCAUUUUUCUAUGGGAUCCAUCAUCAGAACGCGAUGAUUGGACAGGAAUUUUAAAAUCUAAUAAUUUAGUAACACAACAACAAAUUGAUGAUUAUAAUAAUAAAAAAUCUUUAUUUACUUCAACAACAUCAACAACUUCUCAUCCUUAUACUAGUAGUAGAAGUAGUACUAGUACUAGUAGUAGAAGUAGUACUAGUACUAGUAGUAGAAGUAGUACUAGUGGAGGUAGAAGUAGUAGUGGAGGUAGUAGUACUAGUAGUGGAGGUAGUAGUACUAGUAGUGGAAGUAGUAGUACAACUAGUAGUAGAGGUAGUAGUACCACUAGUAGAAGUAGUAGUACUACUGGUAUUAGAGGUGGUAGUAGUACAACUCAACAAACUGAAGUGGAAGCAGCAGCAGCAGUAUCAGGUCAAUUAUCAAUAGAUUUUAAUCAAAAAUCACUAUCAAUAAAAUUAAAUGAAGUAUUUAAUGAAAAGAAUAAAUGUUCAUGUUCAUGUAGAUUUACAAAUCUUCAAGAAGAGAUUGUUGAGUCACAUUUAAUUUUAUUUGAUCCAGUUUAUUUACAUAAAGAUAAUUGGAAGAGAUCACCAUUAAAGUUACCAGAGAAACAUUCACAUCAAAAGUUUGGUUUAUUUCAUUAUAACUCAAAGAGUCAAUAUUCAAUACUCUCUAAUAAACCAUAUAAUAACUUGAUGGAUAUUGAUAUCUCUUACCUAAAUAGUGAUCAUAAUCUUGAUAUCACUUUAGCAUGUCCACCCAAUUCAUCUUUUACCCUUGACGACACUUCAAAAUUAUUAUUAAAAAAACACAAAGAUUGGGAUAAACGUAAUAAUUCUGCAAUUUUCAUUUCUUCAAAUUGCGUAGAUGGUUUAUCAUUAUCAAGAACUAAUUUAGUAAAAGAAUUAUCAAAAAUUAUUAAAAUUGAAUCAUUAGGCAAUUGUUUGAAUGAUAAUACAGUUAAUAUUAAAAGUAAAGAAGAAUUAGGAUCAAUUUAUUCAAGAAUUGAGUAUAAUAUGGAAAUUUAUAAGAAAGCGAAAUUUGUAAUUUGUUUUGAGAAUGAAAAUUCAACAAACUAUGUAACAGAGAAAGUUUAUACUGCUUUAUAUGCUGGUGCAAUACCAAUUUGGAUGGGUGCUAAAAAUAUUGAUCAAUAUGUACCAACGGGUUCGAUUAUCAAUGGAAAUGAAUUUAAUAAUAUUAAUGAAAUUGGUGAACAUAUAAAAUCAAUAAUAGAUGGUAAAAUUGAUUAUAAAAGAUAUUUCAAAUGGAAAGAUGAUAAUGAUAAUCAAUCAUUAGAGAGUAAAGUUAUUGAUAAAUUAAAACGUUGUAUUAAUACAGUUGAUAUGAAAUGUAAAAUUUGUGAGACCAUUUAUAAAUCGAUUGAGCAAUCUGAUAGGGAUUAUCUAUCAUCAACUGUUGCUGCAAAGAAUUAUCAUUAUGUUUCAAACAAUAUUGGAUAUUAUACACCCCAAUUUGUGUCAAUGAAAGGAUUGGGUGACCAUAUCUUUGUCAAUAGGAAUGAAGAUACUUGUAAGAAUUGUUUUAAUCUUGAUGAUCAUUAUACCCUAAUGGCAUGGGUCAAGCCAUCAACAUUCUCUGAUCAGAGAAUUAUUGAUAAGAAUCAUGCGGGAACAAUUAGUGGAUACAAUUUCGAUAUUCAAAAGACAUCAGGUGGUCGUGGUGUGGCUAGACUAUGUGCGGGUACAGCAUGUUUUGAAUCCUUCAAGAGUAUACCCAACGAUUUAUGGUCACAUGUUGCUGUGGUGUUUAGUUGUAAUAAUUUAGAUGUUCAAAAGAAUCGUGUCACUUUUUAUAUAAAUGGUGUGUUUAAUGCAGAGUUUGAUAAUUUUAAACCAACUAAAAUUAAUGACUUCCCUUUGGUAAUUGGUAAAUCUGGUAAAAAAACUGAAUCAACAAGUUAUCAUGGUAUGAUUGAUGAUAUAAUGAUCUUUAAUAUCUCUCUAACCUCUGAUGAUAUCAAAUAUGUACUCUCUUCAAAACCAAAUCUUUCCACCUUUAAAUUUGCAAAUGAUCUUCAACUCUUUUAUGAUUUCGAUUAUAAUCCAAAUAAUCCAAAAUCACAUGAUCGUAAUAUAGUUCGUGAUAAAUCAAUUUAUAAAAAUGAUGGUACCUUUGCUAGUGGUUCAAGUGAUGACUAUUCUGAAAAAAUAACUUCAAUAAGUAAAGAAAUAUCUUUUAAUAAAAAAUUAUAA